AUGGAUACCAGCCAGAACACGCGCCCUGCGUCGCAGCUGGUGGCCGGCUUUGCGUCCCCAUCUGCACCUGCACAGAGCGUGUUCCGACAGUCCACUCGGCCUGCUCCACCACCGCCUCAACAACCACACCAUGAUGCUGAGAAGGAUGAGCUGCGGGUUCAAGUGAGCACUCUGAAAUACGAGCUGGAGAACUUCAAACAGGAGCGAGAGCUGCAGUCGCUCCGACACGAAAAAGAAGUCCGGGAUUUACAAUUGAAAGCGGAUGCGGAUUUUAAAAAGGCGCAGGCUGCCGAAUCGACAGCCAAUCGCGCCACCCAUAAAAGCGAGGCGCUGGCCAAAGAGCUUAAGGAAGUGCAAGAUCAAUCUUUGGACGACAAAACGGGAUUCGAGCGAAAGAUCAGGGCGCUACAAGACCAGAACCAGACUUUGCAAGAAGAGGCCUAUGACACACAAGCUCAGCUUUCCGACAAGGACCGGCAAUUCAAAUAUCAAAUCAGCGAGCUGGAGACCGUUCGUGCCUCGCUACAGAAGACCAUCGAAGAGCUUCAGAAUGAUCUGCAGACCGCCCGAACCACCCAACAGACCACGCAAGAACGCUUGUCUCAGCGCGAAGCCGAAGCCGCGGAGUUGGAGUCGGAGAACAUUCGGCUCAAGGCAGAGGGCAGCGACUCGGAAACCCUCACUGUCUUGAAACGAGAACUUUCAGAGCAGGUCAACCACAUCCGGAGCUUAGAGACGACAAACCGUGAACAGACAGUUGAGCUGCGGCGUCUGCGGAAGGUUCAAAAGAACGUGGAAGUUGUCGAGGAACAGAAGAGAUCGCUGGAGAAUCAGCUGCAGCUGAUGAAGGGACUGGAGGCGGAAUUCGAGACGUUGCAAAUCCAAAAGCAAGUCUUGGAGGACGAGCGCCAGUCAUGGACCAGCCUUCUCCAGGACAAUGGCCAAUCUGCCGAGAUUGACUCCCCCGAGGCGGUGGUUCGGACAUUGGUACAAGAGCAGAUCGAAAAAGCUACGCUUGUUGAUCGGCUAGGUAACAUCAACGCUCAGUUCUUAGAGAAAGAUGAGACCAUCCAGGGCCUUGAGAACGAGCGAACGCAUCUCAAGCAGGAACUAGAAAAGCUCCGUGCUGCAGGAACCUCUGCUUCUGGAAGCGCCGCGGCCGCAGAAACUCGAAUUCGAGCCCGACUUGAGCGACAGCGCGCUCUCGCAGUCAAGGAAGUCGAGUAUCUGCGCGCACAGCUAAAGAUCUUUGACACCGAAGAAGCAACGAUGAACGCAGAAGAGAACCGAUUCGACGAGCAAAAAUCCGAGCAAAUCGCACAGCUCCAGAAACUUGUGGACGAGUACCGCGCUGACCUCCAAAAGGCCCACGAGGAACUCUCCAAGCACGAUGCCCCACCACCGCAGGACGAGGCUCGCGGUACCAAACGUCCUCUCUCGCCAGCUGACAGCGAAGCCGAGAGCGAGCGGCUCUCCGUGCUGACCCGCAAAAACCGGAAGCUCCAAGACUCCCUCUCCAAAUCUGAGCAAGCUACGACCCUCGCCCGCCGCGAGCUCGACGCUGCCAAGUCUCAGCUCAAGUCCCUACAAUCCAAAUCGCGCACACGAAUUCUAGAACUACGCGACAAUCCAACAGCUGAGGCAGAGAAAAUCAAGAUGUCGACCCUGACAGCUCUCAAAACUGAAAAUCGGGAUCUUCUCGUCCAGCUACAGCAGGGCGCCAACGCCGAGAUCAAAUCCGUACCCGCAAGCACGAUCGAAAGCCUCAGGCUGGAGAUGCAAGACAUGGAGCGCGUGGUCGCAGACAAAGAGAAGCGCAUGCGGCGUCUCAAAGAAAUCUGGACAGCCAAAUCUUCCGAAUUCCGGGAGGCCGUUGCCUCCCUACUAGGCUACAAGUUGGACUUCCUCCCUAACGGACGCGUCCGAGUCACAUCCAUGUUCCAUCUCUCACCAGCCUACCGCCACGGCGAGGGUGAUGUAUCCGACUCGCGUGGGCCAGGGAGCAUGGGGAAUGGCGAAGAGAAUUCGAUUGUAUUCGACGGCGAGAAUGGAACCAUGAAGAUAUCUGGUGGGCCAAGUAGUCUCUUCGCGAUGGAAAUCAAACCCCUCAUCAAGUUCUGGGUGGAGGAGAGGAAGGAUAUACCCUGCUUUCUGGCUGCGAUGACGUUGGAUUUCUAUGAUAAAACCACCCGUGCUGCGAGGAUUUGA